UCCAAUCUGAAGGCUCAGAUGGAAAUAGCUCCAGAAAACGAGAGCAAACUUCCUAUAGUUCGUGUGGAGAAAGUGUUGCUAGUCAAAUCCAAAUCCAAAUCCAUCGUGAGGGACGAUGCUAUUUCACCAAGGAUCAUGUUUCUCAGCAGCAUCGACCAGCGAUUUGGAGCUUACCAGCGCAAUCUCCUUGUUUUCUCGGCCCCCGAAAAUCCCGAGGUGGUCUCUUCCGGGAUCAAGCACGCCAUGGAAGAACUUCUCGUGAGCCAUGAUUUCUUCUCCGGGAGGUUUCAGCGAAACCAUCUCACACAAAAGCUUGAGAUCCGCUGCGAUGACUCUGGGGCGAUCCUGGCUAGUGCUAGAGCUGAUCUCCGCCUCGAAGGCUUGCUCGCUACCAUGGAUUCCAUCUCCCAUCUUUUCUUUUGCUUCCCAGUGGACGCU